UCAGUUGGUAGUAAACCGUAAACUGCGUGGGUGAAGUGCAGUCUAAAAUUCUCGUAAUGAAAGUGUCACGAACUCAAAUCGCUGUAGGUUCUCUGCUACUGAUUCUCAGCAUCGUUUUGACCUACAAAUGGAUAGCAUACAGUCGUGCUUACCCUACAGCACACACAGAACUAAAGAAUUCGACGAAGAAAGCAAUCCCACUUGAAAAUAAACCCAUCGAAAGCAAGGCUAAGAAUCAAAAGCAAGUGCAGAAUCCCUUAGCCAAGAAAGCAGCUAAGUCGAUGGCCAGCCAACCCAAGUUCAAGACGAACAAGAUUACCAAGAAAAUUCCAGUCAUUCCCCUGCUCGAUGUGCUCAAGGCCAAAAACCAGCCGAAUCGUGGACAGAAUAUAUUUUUCCAUGAAACCACGAAUUUCAUGCGGAUAGAAAGGAGCGCAUUGGUCCAAUUGACGGCCCGGGCGGCCUGUGCCAUCGAAUCGGCCGCCCUUCACAAUCCAGGCCUCACUGUAUUUGUGCUUUUCGCCGGCGCCACUCAUCGCAAAUUAGGUGGAGAUCCGCUCAUCAAGGCGUUGCAUAAAUACAAGAAUAUCAGACUGAGGCACCUCAACUUGUGGCGCUAUGCAGCUGGAACUCCCAUCGCGAAAUGGCUAAGCACUGGAAAACUAUUCAAAUCGAAAUUUCUUUUUCCACAUGUCUCGGAUCUUCUGCGCUAUGUUACCCUGUACAAAUACGGCGGUCUUUACCUGGAUCUCGAUGUGGUGGUGCAGCAGAACCUGGUGAAGAUGCCGCCGAACUUCACGGGUGCCGAGAGCAACACAUCGGUGGCCUGUGGAGUCAUGAAAAUGUCCGCCGGCGGUGUGGGCCAUAAGAUUGCCACCAUGUGUCUGAGGGAUCUGGAGGCCAACUACAAUGGCGACAAAUGGGGCACCAAUGGACCCGGGGUCAUAACCCGAGUGGUCAAAAAGCAAUGCAAGACGGAAAAUGUCAGGGCAAUGAUUAACAAUCCGAAACGCUGCAAUGGCUUCAGAGUCUACGAUCCAAGUGCAUUUUAUGCCAUACCCUGGCUGCAGUGGAAGGACUUCUUUCAGCCCAACAAACUCAACGUAACCCUGAGAAGGGUAUCCAAAUCUCCGGUGGUUCAUGUGUGGAACAAAUUGUCGAAGGGUUGGAAACUGAACACGAAGGCUAGCUGUGCCUACACCAAACUGGCCAAAACUCACUGUCCCAGGUCAUUUGCAGCAGCGGGAGGUUUUUUUUGAUUUAAUCUAAGCUUCAGUUAGUUAGGAAUAAGUACCGAUUAAGUAAGAAUUUUAAACAAAUUAUAUUUGUAAAAUUCAACUACGUGAGAAUAUAGAUAUCUAGUAAUUAUAGAUGAAACUUGACAAACAAAAGAAUCCCUGCAAUACUUUCUGAAUUAUCAAAGUGAUAGCAUAGUAAAUUCCUCAAAUUAGGAGAGCUUAUUACAAUAGCUUUUAAAACAUUAAAGUAAAUCGGAUCA